UUGUCAUCGCUUCCUAGGACUUGUCUUCUACCUCAGGAGCAUAUACCAUUUUUGUCUUUACCUCAAGGGCAUCUCAUCGUUUUGGAGCUGGUUGGAAAUGGAGGAUUCUUUCUUGUUUGAAAUCUCCGGUCGGUGCAUCAUUGAUCACGUAUUGAAGUACGCCAUCUGAUUCCCGCAAAAACAAUCUGCUUAAGUGAUCUCCUAUAUAUACGGACUACUUCAGAUAUCCCGUCAUCAGCUCCAGCCUCAAGUAGUAGCAGUAGCAUCUUAACGCUGAUCCCUCUCCGAGCCAAUGGAUUAUUUGGUAGCAGUCGUGGCACUCGUCGUUGUCACCGCCUCGUCCGUUGCCAUCCACCUCCUCGCCAGAGCAAGGAAAGCACAGCCGGCCAACCUGCCCCCGGGCUCCCUCGGCCUGCCGGUGAUCGGCCAGAGCCUCGGCCUCCUCCGGGCCAUGCGCGGCGACGGCGGCAGCCGGUGGAUACAGGACCGGAUCGACAGGUACGGGCCCGUGUCCAAGCUGUCGCUGUUCGGCACGCCCACGGUGCUCCUGGCCGGGCCGGCGGCCAACAAGUUCAUGUUCUUCAGCGGCGCGUUCUCCACCCGGCAGCCCGGGUCCGUGCAGCGGAUACUCGGGGAGAAGAGCAUCCUCGACCUCCACGGCCCCGACCACCGGCGCGUCCGCGGCGCCCUGCUCGAGUUCCUCCGGCCGGACAUGCUCAAGAUGUACGUGGGCAGGAUCGACGGCGAGGUGCGGCGCCAUCUCGAGGAGAACUGGGCCGGCCGCGCCACCGUCACGGUGCUGCCGCUGAUGAAGCGGCUCACGUUCGACAUCAUCUCCGCGCUGCUCUUCGGCCUCGAGAGGGGCGCCGUGCGGGACGCCCUGGCCGGCGACUUCGCGCGCAUGGUCGAGGGCAUGUGGGCCGUCCCGGCCAACCUGCCCUUCACGGCCUUCAGCCGGAGCCUCAAGGCCAGCGGCAGGGCCCGCCGGUUGCUCGAGGGGAUCACGCGGGAGAAGAAGAAGGCCAGCCAGGCGGAGGAGCGCGGCAACGGCAAGGCGUCGCGGGACAACGACCUCAUCACCUGCCUGCUCAGCCUGAAGGACGGCCAUGGCGAGCGGCUGCUGACCGACGAGGAGAUCGUCGACAACGCCAUGGUCGCCCUCAUCGCCGGCCACGACACGUCGUCCAUCCUUAUGACGUUCAUGGUCCGCCACCUCGCCAACGACGAUGCCACCCUCGCCGCCAUGGUCCAAGAGCAUGAGGAGAUUGCCAAUAACAAAGGUGACGGCGAGGCUCUGACCUGGGAAGACCUGACGAAGAUGAAGCUCACAUGGCGAGUCGCGCAGGAGACGCUCCGCGUCGUCCCCCCGAUCUUCGGCAACUUCAGAAGAGCACUCGAGGACACCGAGUUCGACGGCUACCUCAUCCCAAAAGGAUGGCAGGUGUUCUGGACGGCAAACGUGACGCACAUGGACGCGAGCAUCUUCCAUGAGCCGGCCAAGUUCGACCCGUCCCGGUUUGAGACUGAGAACCUAAGAGCGUCGGCGGCGCCACCGUGCUCCUUUGUCGCCUUCGGCGGCGGCCCAAGGAUAUGCCCCGGGAUAGAGUUUUCCAGGAUCGAGACGCUGGUGACGAUGCACCACCUUGUGAGGCAGUUCAGAUGGAAGCUCUGCUGCAAGGAGAACACCUUUGUGAGGGACCCCAUGCCGUCGCCGCUGCUCGGCCUGCCCGUCGAAAUUGAGAAAAGGGCAUCUACUUGAUCCUGGUCGCCACUGCUCGGCCUGCCCGUCGAAAUCGACCACAUGAUUGAUCCUGGUCGCCACUGCUCGGCCUGCCCGUCGAAAUCGACCACAUGAUUGAUCCUGACCAAUCCUCACAACAAUCGACAUAUCAUGAUCGGUCGGUCGGUCGAGCCACGGCAUUGCAGACUUGCGGUAGACUAGAGAGAUUGAUGAAAAUGUAGCUGGAGACACGAGAGGAGGGAUACAUAUAUACCACACAAUUGCAGAGUUCUGUAUCGUGGCUUUCCAUGUCAGCCAUUACUGUCUUAGGAUAAGUAAUCUAACUAUUUGUCUCACAAGAAUAAAAUGGGCAACAACAAAGAUUAUUUGCUUCA